GGAUUCCCCUGAGGAGGGGUGUGAAGCCAAGUCAUCAUGACUUGGCUGUUUAUAAGCUAGCUAUUAAUAUGAGCAUCAUGAGUGAAGGAGAAGCUGCUGAGAUAGUUGAGGAGGUCUUGAGUGAUCUGCUGACCAGGAUAUGUUACCCCCCACAGCCACCCUCCCUGGAAACACAGCUGACCAAGAUAAGCUACCCCCCACAUCCACCCCCCCUGGAGACAGAGCACCCACUGUUGGACCUCUGCACACUCAGCAGGGAGCUCUGUGAGCUGCUCAAAUCCUACUCUCUGAGGACUUCAACUAGAACCAGGGUGGAGGUCUGUCAGAUAAAGACCUUGCAACAAAAAGCAUCAGGCUAUUGUGGUCACUACGCUCUGUACUUCUCCCUUGCCCUACUGGGUCUGUGCUCCAGUGGUGACAAAGCCGCGGCUCAGCAAGCACUCGUACAACUCACACACAGAGAACACUUCUGGAGAAGGUAUUGGACCAGCAUUGGUCAGCUGUUGUCUCGAGUGACUGCUGACAGCUGGUGGCCCUGGACGAGGGAACACGUGUGUGCAGGGGAGAUUGAGAGAUCAUAUCUGCGAUACCUCCUCCACACUGAGCUGGCAGACAUUGCUCAGGGAAGGGUGUUUGUACUACAGUAUGCAUAUGGACUGCUACAAGACUCAGUGGAGCAUAUACGUGUCGUGCAAGAUGCAGUGUCUUUAUUCGUGAGAGGAGAAACGAACUAUGUAGUGUUUAUCCUCGGUGUAACCAAUCACUGGGUCACGCUACUGGCCUAUAGAAAAUGCCCUGAGGGGAUUGGACUGUUAUACCUAGACUCUAACAACGAACCUGUACUGCUGGCCACUGAGACUGAUAUUGACAAACUGGUCGAAGCUCGAGAGCAGAAAUACAUUAAGAGGAAGGGAGUUGGUUACGAGCCUUGGAAGAGGAACAUACUUCGUCAGUCGCUGUGUGAUCAACGAGACGUGGUGGCAGUGAUGUCAGAUUGUUUGCAAGGGACACAUACAUUGUCUUGUGAGUUUGUCUCCAGUCACUGGGAGAAGAUGCUGUCAAACUAUCGAGAGAUGGUGACUACCGCUGUGAGGGACAGAGAUGUGCACACUGUUGACCUGUUGUGCUGGCUAGAGUCUGGUUAUUCUGUACGGGGCCUGAGAGAUGCAUACAUGAGGCCACUGCUCUUCUUUGGAAGGGAGAGUCUAACACCACGGCUGAGAGUAGAGAUGCAUAUUUGGGCAGAGGAGCUCUCACGGAUGCAGCCAGUGGGAGGUCUGGAUCAUAUCAACAACUUCCUUGAGCUUGUGGACGAAUUGAACUGUUUUCUAAGCACUUAAUUAAUAUCCAUUACAUCGUUUGUAUAUCACAUUUUAAUUCCAUGUUAGCAAGAAUGUACACGU